UCAGCGGUCCCUCCUAGGAGGGGUUCGCGCUCUGCCGGGCGCUGGAAGUCGGAAAGGUCUCUCGGGGCUGUUGUCCACUGGGCAGUCUCCUGUGGCCUCUUUCUGGGCUAGGAGUUUGGGACUGAUUGGAACCUGGCAAGGAGGGCGGAGCUCCGACCUCUCUCCCACCACGUUGGCCUUGCGUGCUGGGUUAGAUUGGACUAGCUUCACUCUAGAAUCCCAGCCCGUGCUCGGCCUGAUCAGCCUGUCUGUGCUGUUUCACAAACACCAACUCCAGUACUAGGUGGUGUACCUGAAUGUACGCAGAUUAUAAGUGCUGGGAGGAAACGAACUGGAAGCUGAGUUGGGAGAUAGUGGAGUCUGAAGAAGUGAUCUUUAAGCGGAGAUCUAAAGCAUGGCGGGAGGCCACCCGGAGAUCUGGAAACUCGGGGAGUACUUCAAGCAGAGGCAAUAAUGGGCUAAGUCUCUGAGAUGGGAGCUAGGAAGGAGUACAGUUGGAGUACAAGAUAAAGUUAUUGGGAUAGAGUGGAACUAGGUUCUGUAGGGCCUUGAAGGACAUGAUGGGGAUUUUUUUUUCUAUACAGUAGGAAAACAUUUCCGUUGCUAUUACCAUGUGUAGAAAACAUUGAAGGCUUAUAAGCAAGUGAGAAUAAUGAAUAGGCCCUGGUUCUCUUUAGAAGAUGUAUUUAAUUUGGAAGCUCAAGAGAUUGUAUUGAUAAUAGUUUGCAUUAGGGUGGUGACUUCAGGGGCAUUUAAGAGAACUAACUUAUGGUUCAGUGUGGCAGACAAGAGAGAGGAAAAUGUCAAGGGUAACUCAGGUUUCUUACUUGAGCAGUAAAAUAGAUGAUGUGCCAUUGGUUGAGAUAGGGGACUGUGGGGCAGGGAAAAAUAGUAUCUUGUUGUCUGUGGGACAAACAACAAUAACAUAGAGAACAACAUAAGAGAAGUAUGUUUUAGACAUAUUAAGGGUAAGGUGCCUGUUAGACACAUAAUUAGAGGUAUCAGAUAAGCAGUUAUACACAAGUUUGGAGCCCAAGGAGAAGUUCAUAAUGGAGACAUGAUUUGGGAGCACUCAGCAUAAAAAGCCAGGAGAUUGGAUAAGACCAUCUAGGGAGAAGUGUGGAGAGAGAAUGGACGUUCCCUGAGACAAAGAUUUGAGGAAUGCUGACAUUUAGAGAGUUGCUACAAUGGAAGUCAAAGGGAAAAAGCAAUUCACAGGAAAGAGUACAAAGACAUCACAAGAAAAAAACAGAUUUCAUAAAAAUAGUGAUUCUGGUUCUUCAAAGACAUUUCCAAGAAAAGUUGCUAAAGAAGGUGGACCUAAAAUUACAUCUAGGAACUUUGAGAAAAGUAUCACAAAACCUGGGAAAAAGGGUGUGAAGCAGUUCAAGAAUAAGCAGCAAGGGGACAAAUCACCAAAGAACAAAUUCCAGCAGGCAAAUAAAUUCAACAAGAAGAGAAAAUUCCAGCCAGAUGGUAAAAGCGAUGAAUCAGCAGCUAAGAAACCCAAAUGGGAUAACUUCAAAAAGAAGAAGAAAGAACUGAAGCAAAGCAGACAACUCAGUGAUAAAACCAACUAUGACAUUGUUGUUCGGGCAAAGCAGAUUUGGGAGAUUUUAAGAAGAAAAGACUGUGACAAAGAAAAAAGAGUAAAGUUAAUGAGUGAUUUGCAGAAGUUGAUUCAAGGGAAAAUUAAAACUAUUGCAUUUGCACAUGAUUCAACUCGUGUGAUCCAGUGUUACAUUCAGUAUGGUAAUGAAGAACAGAGAAAACAGGCUUUUGAAGAAUUGCGAGAUGAUUUGGUUGAAUUAAGUAAAGCCAAAUAUUCCAGAAAUAUUGUUAAGAAAUUUCUCAUGUAUGGAAGUAAACCACAGAUUGCAGAGAUAAUCAGAAGUUUUAAAGGCCACGUGAGGAAGAUGCUGCGGCAUGCGGAAGCAUCAGCCAUCGUGGAGUACGCAUACAAUGACAAAGCCAUUUUGGAGCAGAGGAACAUGCUGACUGAAGAGCUUUAUGGGAACACAUUUCAACUUUACAAGUCAGCAGAUCACCCAACUCUGGACAAAGUGUUAGAGGUACAGCCAGAAAAAUUAGAGCUUAUUAUGGAUGAAAUGAAGCAGAUUCUAACUCCAAUGGCCCAGAAGGAAGCUGUGAUUAAGCACUCAUUGGUACAUAAAGUAUUCUUGGACUUUUUUACCUAUGCACCCCCCAAACUCAGAUCAGAAAUGAUUGAAGCCAUCCGCGAAGCAGUGGUCUACCUGGCACACACACACGAUGGCGCCAGAGUGGCCAUGCACUGCCUGUGGCAUGGCACGCCCAAGGACAGGAAAGUGAUUGUGAAAACAAUGAAGACUUAUGUUGAAAAGGUGGCUAAUGGCCAAUACUCCCAUUUGGUUUUACUGGCGGCAUUUGAUUGUAUUGAUGAUACUAAGCUUGUGAAGCAGAUAAUCCUAUCAGAAAUUAUCAAUUCGUUGCCUAGCAUAGUAAAUGACAAAUAUGGAAGGAAGGUCCUGUUGUACUUACUAAGCCCCAGAGAUCCUGCACAUACAGUACGAGAAAUCAUUGAAGUUCUGCAAAAAGGAGAUGGAAAUGCACACAGUAAGAAAGAUACAGAGGUCCGCAGACGGGAGCUCCUAGAAUCCAUUUCUCCAGCUCUGUUAAGCUACCUGCAAGAACACGCCCAAGAAGUGGUGCUAGAUAAGUCUGCGUGUGUGUUGGUGUCUGACAUUCUGGGAGCUGCCACUGGAGACGUUCAGCCUGCCAUGAAUGCCAUCGCCAGCUUGGCAGCAACAGAACUGCAUCCUGGUGGCAAGGACGGAGAGCUUCACAUUGCAGAACAUCCUGCAGGACAUCUAGUUCUGAAGUGGUUAAUAGAGCAAGAUAAAAAGAUGAAAGACAAUGGGAGAGAAGGUUGUUUUGCAAAAACUCUUGUAGAGCAUGUUGGUAUGAAGAACCUGAAGUCCUGGGCUAGUGUAAAUCGAGGUGCCAUUAUUCUUUCUAGCCUCCUUCAGAGUUGUGACCUAGAAGUUGCAAACAAAGUCAAAGCUGCACUGAAAAGCUUGAUUCCUACAUUGGAAAAAAACAAAAGCACCAGCAAAGGAAUAGAAACUCUACUUGAAAAACUGAGCACAUAGGUGGAAAGAGUUAAAAGCAAGAUGGAAUCAUUUUUUUCUGUUCUCUGUUCUGUUUCCCAAUGCAGAAAAGAAGGGGUAGGAUCCACCAUACUGGUAAUUGGGGUGCUCUGUGUAUAUGUUUCUUCUUUGUAUACGAAUCUAUUUAUAUAAAUUGUUUUUUAAAAUGGUCUUUUU